AUGUUAAAUGAAGGAUUAGACUUCAUAAGUCAGCUACCAGAUGAUAUUUUGAAUUACAUCAUAUCUUCUCUUUCAAUUGAUGAAGCCAUAAGAACAAGCAUUCUAUCAAAGAGAUGGAUACAUUUGUGGAAGAAUUUAUUGCACAUGGAAUUUGAUUGGACACACAUGAAAAACCCCAUAUUAUAUAAGAACAGAGUUUUUAAUCCCAAAAGUGCCAUUGAAAAACAUGCUAUGAAAUAUGGUGAAAUUGUUAACACUAUAUUGCAUCAACAUAUUGUUUCUGAUUUGACUAUUUUAUCUGCAUUUGAAAGUUGCCACAAGUUGAAAAUUUUGAAGUUGAAGUAUAUGUUUAUGGUGGAUGGUAUCAUCAAUGGAAUUUUGGAAAAUUGUAUUGGUUUGGAGAAGUUUAGUCUCAUUGUGUCAUAUGGUUUCAAUAGCCUCAAAAUUGAAAACAAAAAUCUUAAAUAUUUGGAGCUUUUGUGGCUGAAUGUUAAAGAGAUAGAUGUUAAUGUUGAGGAGCUUCAUGUUUUGGUGAUUAAUACUCUAAGGUGUCCUCCAAAGAAUCUUAGAAUUAAUUUUCAGAGCCUUUGGAAUUUCUCUUCUGCUUGCAAUCCUAUUAUGACAAGAUGGAUGCCUACCAUGCUGAAAACAUGUGAUAUUUUUGAAAACUACAGGAGCUUUUUUCCAUCUCAAUCGAUCAACAUUUUUCGAAAUCUAUUGACAUUGUCAAUUGAUUUGGAUUUGAAUAACAUCAGAGAAGCUUUGCUAUUAUCUACCGUACUAACGACGUGCUGCAAUCUCAACACUCUAGAAAUUACAAUACCGGUAGAGAUAGUUUUAGCUUCUCCAACUACGCCGUCUGAUGAUUGUGUUCUAGGAUCUCCUAAAUCAAUGUUUUGGGAGACACAAGGAAUACAGGAUGUUGUCAAUAACAAGUUAAAAUUUGUUACAAUGCAAGGUUUUACUGGCAAAGAGCUAGAAUUGAAUUUUGCAAAACUUUUAAUAACAAGGGCCUACAUGAUGAAAAAGUUAUAUGUAAUUUGUGAUUCAACAAUUGUAGAGGAAGCAAAAGAUCUCCUGUCACUACAAAGAGCUUCAAAUAAUCUCUCCAUCCUAUUGGAGUGA